CGUCGUGCUGCUUCACAAACUGGCGGGAAAUUUGAAUUUGAAUAUUUGCUUUUUAUCUGUAGACUCUACUGUAGAGUUGCAUGGAGUCUGGCCCAUCUCCACGUGACUCAGGAUGAAGUCGGAGUGACGAUGAUGCAUGAGACUCCUUAGGGCGGCAAUUUGAGUUGGGCAGUGCCAAGCAUUGAGCAAAUGCUGGGAGCAAUGCUUUUGAAGACAAUUGCUGGACACCAUGCUCCAACCUGCAGACCACCGGUACCUUUGAAACUGCCUGAUUGAUCGACUGGGGAAACCUCAGACAUAGAAGGGCAGGCGCCAGGAGGCAAUCCUUUGCGGACACAGCUGCUCUGGGUCAUUCAGUUCAUUUUGACCAGGGCAAAGAGCCACAUUCCUGUGUUGAAUCGAGGUUGAUGCACAACACCAACAGUUGACUUGGUGAGAGAGCAGGCAGAAUACUGCAUGUGCUGAGGUUUCUAUGUUGAAAAGCGAGACUUGCUGAAAAUACCUGCAAGACUGGGGCACAAUGAAAGAAGCAGCAGAUGGGGAUAAUUCUGCUGUAACGACGAAAAAGCGAGUACUGGAGGACAUUGAUGGAGCAACCCAACUACUGAAACGCGGGCCCGGUGGUAGCAGCUUCAUGACUUGCGACAAUUGCCAGAAGAAUAUUGCAUGUGCAAUCUUUGAUCUUCAUCGAUGCGGUGAUGCAAAGCUCAGAGAGGAGCAGAUUGCGCGGUGGGCCAAAGCUGAUAUGGAACACAAGAAGAGAAUCCUAGAAGAACAAAAACGGCUCAAGGACAGCAAUGGGAAAGCUGACAAGCAGCGCAAGGUCCCUGAGAAAGAGUCCAAGAAACUCGCAAAGAAAGAGAAGGAGGCCCGAGAUCCAAACCUGCCGAAGAAGCCACCAUCGAGCUACAUGUUGUUCAUGAACGACUUCAGGCCAAGAUUUAAGGAGGAGAAUCCAGAUGUUCGGGGCGUAACAGAGGGAGCAAAAGCUGGUGGGGCAAGGUGGAAAAGUAUGUCAGAGGAGGAGAAGAAGCCCUACAUGGAGGAAGCAGCCAAACUGAAGGCUGCAUAUGCAGAGCAAAUACGACUCUUCAAAACGUCUAAGGGCUUGCCAGCUCCUGAGGACGAGAAGGAAAAUGCAACUCCCGAGCCUGCCCUGGAGGACAGGGACGAGCAGGAGCCAGUGGCCGAAGCGUAGUCGAAGUUGUGAGCUUGGUGGGUACGCUUCCAUCAUACUCUCUCCAGGCCGUUGUGCGGGUGCUUUACCUCGGUCAGUUCUCAACGUUAUAUGUUACGUUACAAAUCGAACGCUGUGUUGGAAUUUCUGACGCCUAUGGGCUCUCGACAGCGGGUGAGUUGUGCUUUGCAGGUCGAAUAUUGCACUCGCUGAAUUCUCGACGUUUUGGCCAUAAGCCGUUUGUCUCUGCUUUUGAGGACUUACCAACAAAAAGGUGACACGUUAGCGGUGCCACUUAGCUUGAUGUCUUUCGGCAGAUUCCAGCCCUCAUUGGAACACAAAAUUGACACCGUAUAUAGCCCGUUCCUAGCAGGUAUACACGACAGUUUGUGCAUGGCUUCUUGCACAUCACGAUGUGAUCGGACAGGGUCCUGUCACUACUUGUAGCUAUCAGCCUCUCAAACGGCUGUGAUGUAAAAGAUGUAAAAGAGCUUUACUCCAAUUGCGAUGAAAAGGCUGUGCGUGGCCAAGCAAGUGGGUGCGCUGCACAGCUUUCCAUGAAUAUCAAGUGGCACAUUGAAAUGCCAAGGAGCGGAUUCAAUUCGUGCAAAUGGAACAUACGUA